CACUGCCUCAGAGAGAGGAAAGCGAGCUGAGGAGAGCGUAGCAGUUCGGAGGGAAGGACCGGUGCGAGUCAGGCAGCCCUUGAGGCUCUCUGCUCGCCCACCUUCCACUCCUCUCUUUGCCAUUUCUUUCCUCGCCCAAAUCUCCAGUUUAGCCAAAAGAAGGAAGUAAGGGGAGCCCCCCUCCAAAAUAAAGAAAACAUAAAUAAAACUUUUACAGUCGGGACCGAGUGGUCUCCGGCUGGCCAUGGAGCUUCUGUGCUGCGAGGUGGACCCAGUCCGCAGGGCCGUGCCAGACCGCAACCUGCUAGAAGACCGUGUCCUGCAGAACCUGUUGACCAUUGAGGAGCGCUACCUCCCGCAAUGCUCCUAUUUCAAAUGCGUGCAGAAGGACAUCCAGCCGUACAUGCGCAGGAUGGUGGCCACCUGGAUGCUAGAGGUCUGUGAGGAACAGAAGUGUGAAGAGGAAGUGUUUCCUUUGGCCAUGAAUUACCUGGACCGUUUCCUGGCGGGAGUCCCGACUCCUAAGACCCAUCUACAGCUCCUGGGUGCAGUGUGCAUGUUCCUAGCCUCCAAGCUCAAAGAGACCAUCCCUCUGACGGCUGAAAAGCUGUGUAUUUACACGGACAACUCCGUGAAGCCCCAGGAGCUGCUGGAGUGGGAACUAGUGGUGUUGGGUAAGCUGAGGUGGAACCUGGCUGCAGUCACCCCUCAUGACUUCAUUGAACACAUCCUGCGCAAACUACCCCAGCAGAAGGAGAAGCUGUCCCUGAUCCGAAAGCAUGCUCAGACCUUCAUCGCUCUGUGUGCCACCGACUUCAAGUUUGCCAUGUACCCACCAUCGAUGAUUGCCACGGGAAGUGUGGGGGCAGCCAUCUGUGGGCUUCAGCAGGAUGAGGAAGUGAACACACUCACGUGUGACGCCGUGACCGAACUGCUGGCCAAGAUCACCCACACUGAUGUGGAUUGUCUCCGAGCCUGCCAGGAGCAAAUCGAGGCCGUGCUGCUCAACAGCCUGCAGCAGUUCCGUCAAGAGCAGCACAAUGGAUCCAAGUCUGUGGAAGAUCUGGACCAAGCCACCACUCCUACAGACGUGCGGGAUGUUGACCUGUGAGGAUGCCGUUCAUUCGGGCCUCCGCAAGAGAGAGAGGCGUGUUCGUCAUCUGCUUGCUCCCUCUCUCUCUAGUUACGUUUUGGUCUUUGUGUUUUAGGGUAAAACUUCAA